AUAUCAUCACCUCAGCAGCUCAGUGUGAGGGUGUGACUUGAUUCUCCCAGUUAAUCUUACUAUCGGCGUUGUCUUCCCAUUCUCUACUCGCUGGGAAUCUUUCUUCACAUAUUCUUAAAUAGGAGAUUGAAGUGAAGGACGAAUUAAAACAAAAUGGCUCAAAUUGACAGGUUGGGUAUUCAAGGCAUACGAAGUUUCGGACCGGAAGAAGCACGCACAAUUAAUUUCUUGAAGCCACUCACUCUUAUUCUUGGUCAGAAUGGUUGUGGAAAGACAACUAUCAUUGAAUCACUGAAAUAUAUCUCUACGGGAGAGGUUCCUCCAGGAUGUGGUCGGGGAGCUUCUUUUGUUCACGAUCCAAAGAUGGCUAAGGAGUCGUCUGUACGUGGUCAGGUUAAGCUACGUUUUACAGAUGCUCGAGGAAAAGUAAUUGUAUCAACUCGGUCCUUAGUGGCCACACAGAAGCCAAAGUCCCUUGAGUGUAAAACCCUAGAUGCCACCAUGAUAUGGAAGCAGCCUGAUGGAAGUGAUGUCACUUUAUCAAGUCGAUGUGCUGAAUUUAACGCAUCUAUGACAGCAGCUUUAGGUGUGUCUAAAGCCAUACUGAACAAUGUAAUAUUCUGCCAUCAAGAGGAUUCAAAUUGGCCACUAGAUGAGGGCAAGAAGGUGAAAGAUAAGUUUGAUGAGAUAUUUAAUGCCACAAAAUACAUCAAGUGUUUAGAGACUAUACGCAAGCUUCGUGCAGAUAUGAAAGGCAAGAUAAAGAAUAUGAAAGAUAUCCUAUUUGAGCUUAAGAAAUGGAAAGAUGAGGCAAAUCGAAAGCGUGUUGAACUAAAAACUUCAGAAGAAAAACAAACAAAUAUCAUCACCGAGAAAGAGACCUUGACCACAGAGAUGAAACCCAUUGUACAGCGUCUCAAACACAUUUCUACUAUUGAAGCAGACAUAGGACGUAUAAGAGAAGAACUCAGUGGUAAACAAUAUCAGCUGAAAUCUUUAAGGAAAACUCAAGAAGAGCUUAGAGCAACCUUGACAGAACAGCUGAAGUGUUCAGAUGAGGAGCUGUACCGCAUGAUCCAGGACUUUCAACGAGAUCUGGCUCUUAAGGAAACAGAGCAAAGAAGGGUGGAGUCUAGCUUGAGUGGCCUGGAGAGAGAGGUGCAGAAAAAUCAGAUGGAUGUUGCAAGGACUGUGAGGCAGCAAGGAGAGUUGGAAGCUGCUCAUAACAGACACAAGAAUUAUGUUCAGAGAAGGGAUGCCCAGAUGAUUGGUUUAGUUGAAGAAUUUACUUUCUCAGAGUUCCUCGGAGUUCAGAAUUUCAAGGAUGAACAAGCAGACUCUGUGUUGAACCAGCUGUUGAAGGUUAUUGAGGAUGAGAGGGCAAGUAUUAUGGUUAAGAAACAGGAAUUUGAAAAAGAAGAAGUCAGAACCCAGAGAGAGAUUGAUGGUCUACGAUCAAAAGAAGCUGCAUUGGACCAUGAUAUUAAAAACAAAGGGAAGCAGUUGGAAGAAACAGCCAAGCAACUCAGACAAGUGAAGCACACACUAAAGCGUAAUGAAAGUGAACUGUCUGCUGCUAAUUUGGAUGACAUCAAAGCUGAGUUGACACAGGUUGAGGAAAUGAUCUCAGCUGAAGAAAGCAAGCUUGAUGUUAAGAAGGUUGUAGAGGAUAUUGAUGGUGGAAAGAAAACAAGACGUGAAAUAGAACAUAAACUUGAUGACAUCAAACGUGUCGUGGCAAAGAUGAACCGUCAGGCUGAAGCUCGUUCUCAGUAUGACAUCCAUGUGAAGGAGAAAAAAGAACUAGAAAAUAAAAUAGAAUAUUUAAAACGCAAACAUACUGAUGAAUUGGAGCACCUUCUUGGAGAGGUUCCUGAUGAAAACAUAAAAAAUAAAGUUGAUGCAUGCACAACUAACUUGAAGGACCACAUAGCAGGCCUGCGGAGAGAUAUUGAGAGAAUAAACAGGAGGAAGACACAGCUGGAUACAAGCAUCAAGGGUCAUAAGCAGCAGAUAGAAAGAAAAGAAAAUGAAAUUAAAGAUUUGGAAACCAAAAUUGACAACAUCUGUCAAGGAAAAGACUUGGAUAAUGCCUUGGAGAAAUCAAAGAAAGUAAAAGAGGAAUUGUCUAAUGAAAGAGGGGACUUAUCAAGCUCCAUUACUGUGCUGAAUCGCUUCACUGAGAGGCUAAAGCAGCGAGACUGUUGCCCUCUUUGUCACAGAGAUUUUUCAACUAAGGAUGAAGUUAAUCAACUUAUUGAGGAGUUGGAUGAAAAGGUGAGCAGUGUUCCAGGGAAAUUGAAGAUGGUACAGGAGAAACUAAUCAAAGAAGACAGGCAACAUGAUCAAAUGAUACAACUCAAGCCUCAGCGAGACCAAGCCAACCGUGUUCGUGCCGAGUUGGUGAAAAUUCGGAGUCAAAUGGACGCUGAAGUUAGUGAAUUGGAAAAGGUUGGUGUGGAAUUAGAAUCUAAAACAGAACUUAUGGAGAUUACUCAAGGUGAUGAAGAGACUGCAAGAAUGAUCCAGCCUGAUGUUUUUACCAUUGAACAACACUUGAGGAAAGUCAAAUACCUAAAGGAUCAAAUUGAUGACCUUCAGGGAGCUUUAGGAAGCGCAGAUGGUGGAAUGAGCAUGGAAGAGGCCAUGGGCUGCCAAAGUGAGUUGGAAGAGGAACUGCGCAAGUGUCAGUCAAAGGUAGAGGGAUUACAGGAGCAUCUCCAAGAACACAAGGAACGACUACAGAGCCUAAAAGAUCGUAAAUUGAGACUAUCUACGAAAGAACUAAAUCUGAGGACUAAACUGCAAGAAACAGAGAAAUUAAAAGAGGACAUAUCAAGGUUAGAUCAGGAUCGCACGCGUCUUGAAGAAGAGCGGGAACAAGCGCAGGUAGAGGUUGCCCCAUAUAAGUAUCAGAUUAAGAGUAAAACAGAAGAGAAAACCAAAAUCAUUAAAGAAAAGGAAUCCUGGAUUGAGAAAGGCAACCUGAAGGUAAAUGCAAUGUGGGAGAAACAUAGAUCUGUCAAUGAACUACAAAAGAAUAUAGUGUUCUAUGUGAGAGGAGGAGAAGAAGAACGCUUGAAGGAAAGACGUCAACAAGUUGCUUCUCUUCAAGAAAAAGCAGCAGCUUUAGAAUUAGACAAGAAGUCCCUUGAAGAACAAAAUCGAAAGAUUCAGAAAGAAAUAUCUAAUCAGAAGGAAAGAAAACGAAGUCUUGAUGAUGAGAAAAAAAUCCGUGACAAAGAAGCUGAAGCAAAGUUACUAGAGCAAAAUAUCAAGGGUCUUGAAGACAGUAUCCAAGGUUUGGAUUAUGAAAGCAUCGUCAGUGAAAAGUAUCAUCUGAAUGAAGAUUGGCAUAAGAUGCAAACCAAAAGAGCAGCACUAGAAGGGCGCCUGGAGGAAAUUGCAAAAAAUAUUAGACUUUUAGAAAAUGACCUUGGACGAAAAGAGAUCCGAGAUGCAGAGAAAAAUUACAAGGUGAAAUAUGUGGAAAUGAAGUGCAUGGACUUGGCAGCAGAUGAUCUAAAUAAGUAUUACAAGGCUCUAGACACUGCUAUAAUGCGCUUCCACUCUGAUAAGAUGAACUCAAUCAAUGGAAUCAUAAGGGAACUUUGGCGUACUACUUACAAAGGCAAUGACAUAGAUUAUAUUGAAAUAAAAACAACUGAUGGAGUAGAAUCCCAAGGUGCAGACAAGCGAAGAAUAUAUAACUAUCGAGUUGUGAUGAUAAAGAAUGAAAUAGAAAUGGACAUGAGAGGGAGGUGCUCUGCUGGUCAGAAGGUCUUAGCAUCUCUUAUUAUCAGAUUGGCUCUUGCGGAAACCUUCAGUUCUAACUGUGGCAUUCUUGCUCUGGAUGAACCAACUACCAACCUGGAUCGUGAGAACGUUGUUGCUCUAUCACUUGCCUUGCUGAACAUUGUUGAAAGACUUCAUAUUCGUCUCCGAAACUUCCAGCUGAUUAUCAUCACGCACGACACUGAUUUCUUAGAGAGAAUGACUCAUAAUCAAUACUUGGAUAACUAUUACUUGGUAUCUAGAAAUGAGAGGGGCUUGUCAGAAAUCUCUUCACAUAACCCCAACACACUCUGAUUGUGGUAGAAAAGAAGACUUCUUGCCAAGAAUUAAAAUAUGUUGCAGUCUUGUGUAAGCACUUUUUACUUAUGCAGAAUUUUCUUUUUUUUAUACAGUACUACACACUCAAGUUGAUAAAAUGAAGUGUGUGAGCUCUUUCAUAUCACUGCCUACACAGUUCUUGCAUUACUAGCACUAUUAAUCCCCCCCUUCUUCUCCAAAGAUUCUGUACCACUUCAAUCAUUCCACACUAAAGAACAUCAGUUAUAUAACUACAAAUGUCAGACUGACAUUUGGGAUGCAUUUUGCAUAAAUUUUAAUAGAAUAGGUUAAUGAGGUAUAUUAUGCCUAUCCCAACAUUUUUUUUUUUUUUUUAAUUUCAAGCUCAUUACACAAAAAAAAAUAUAUACUGUAUAUAUAUAUAAAGGAAAACUGGCACAUCUAAGUUCUGUAUUUUGUACACAAGUAGCACCCAAAUUUCAAUUAACCUCAAUAUGUUUCUACAAAAUUAAUAUCAUGUAUAACCCAUUUAAGCACAGACAUGACAAACUUUAUUUUAAAAUUUGCUUAUGUACAGAGUUGAUAGCAUGAGACUAUAGUGCGUUUUUUCCCCAGCUGAUAAAAUAUGCUCCACCCCUUCCUCAAGAGUUACAGCCGAUUGGCUGUUUCAAACCUGUCUGAUUUCAUCCUGAAGUAAUAAUCCAUUUCUAAUUGAGUUUAUUCAUAAUUGUUGGGAUGACCGUUUCUGACGAGAAAGAUAUUUCGCUAAAUUAUAUAAAGAUGCAUACAUUCAUGAUUUCAAACAU